GGGGCGGGCGGGCGGCGGGCGCGGGCCGGCGGCAGGAUGAGCCAGGAGGAGAUCCUGCGGAGGUUCGUGCAGCGCGUGCGGGCCAUGAAGGACACAGACCACAAUGGGGAGGACAACUUCGCCAGCGACUUCAUGAGGUUAAGAAGAUUAUCAACUAAAUAUAGAACAGAAAAGAUCUAUCCAACGGCCACUGGUGAAAAAGAAGAAAAUGUUAAAAAGAAUAGAUAUAAGGACAUACUACCAUUUGAUCACAGCCGGGUUAAACUGACUUUAAAAACUCCCCUGCAAGAUUCAGACUACAUCAAUGCAAAUUUUAUUAAGGGAGUAUAUGGGCCAAAAGCAUAUGUUGCUACCCAGGGACCAUUAGCAAAUACAGUAAUAGAUUUCUGGAGGAUGAUAUGGGAGUACAAUGUUGCAAUAAUUGUAAUGGCUUGUCGAGAGUUUGAAAUGGGAAGGAAAAAAUGUGAGCGUUACUGGCCUGUAUGUGGAGAAGAAGCUGUAACUUUUGGACCAUUUCGUGUGUCUUGUGAAGCUGAACAAGCAAGAACAGACUACUUUAUUAGAACGCUAUUACUUGAAUUUCAAAAUGAAACCCGUAGUGUAUAUCAGUUUCACUAUGUGAACUGGCCUGACCAUGAUGUUCCUUCAUCUUUUGAUUCUAUUCUGGACAUGAUCAGCUUAAUGAGAGAGUACCAGGAGCAUGAAGAUGUACCCAUCUGUAUACACUGCAGUGCUGGGUGUGGAAGAACAGGAGCCAUCUGUGCCAUAGAUUAUACGUGGAAUUUGCUAAAAGCUGGGAAAAUACCUGAAGAAUUCAACGUAUUUAAUUUAAUACAAGAAAUGAGGACGCAAAGGCAUUCUGCAGUGCAGACUAAGGAGCAGUAUGAACUUGUUCAUCGAGCUAUAGCACAACUGUUUGAAAAGCAACUGCAAAAAUAUGAAAGUCAUGCAGAUUGGAAGAUUGUUGAUGGAGUGAACAGAUAUGAUAAAGUUGAACUACAGCAGGUGUUUGUAAAUUGCCCACUUGGAGAAAGUCAUUCCUGUUUUGAAGGGGCCACCUUCAAGAAUGAUAUUAAUACAGAAAAUGCCAUCAGUUCCUCAGACCUUGAGAAACCUGAUUCUCCUCCACCAAAACCUCCACGGACUCGCAGUUGCCUUGUAGAAGGAGAUGCUAAGGAAGAAAUCUUGCAACCGCCAGAGCCUCAGCCUGUACCACCCAUCUUAACACCAUCUCCUCCUUCAGCCUAUCCGACAGUCACUACUGUGUGGCAGGACAAUGAUAGAUACCAUCCAAAGCCAGUUUUGCACAUGGUUUCAUCAGAACAUUCAACAGACCUCAAUGAAAACUAUAACAAAUCAAUUGAACAUUCAGGGAAGAAUGAACCUAAUGAACGUGCAGAGAAAAAGCUUGAGCGGAACCUAAGUUUUGAAAUCAAGAAAAUACCUCUUCAGGAGGGACCACGAAGCUUUGAGGGGAACACUCUUUUAAACAGAGGACAUGCAAUUAAAAUUAAGCCUGUUACAGCCUGUGUAAUGGAUAAGACCUUUAAGCCACAGGAGCAGAGUUCAGGGGGUUCACUUGUUGAUGUUUCUCAAAACUCCUGUCUGGAAUCUAACACAACUGUAGUACCUUCUCCAGAAGAGCUGCAGAGUCGGAAGGGUUCUGACACUCCACCAAGACCAGAUCGUUUGUCUCUCAAAGAGAAGGGACAUGCUUUGUGGUCACUACAUGGGUCUGAAAAUGCACUGACUGCAUCUGUGUCCGAGGAUGUCUCUUCAGAUGUCUUGUGUCAUGGUAUAAAAACUGCAACUCUAGCAGCAAACACCACAUCUCAAGUGGAACCCCCUUCCAGUAAUACACCUGAGGAUCAUAGCAGUACAUUUCCAGUUCGAGCACCCCUCUGUUUUACUAAUCCUCUUCAUUCAGAUGAUUCUGACACAGAUGAGAGGAACUUUGAUGGAGUCCUGACCAGCAGUAUGUCUAAUAUUUCAACCGCAAGUGCCACAGUUUCUGCUGCCACUAGUUCUGAAAACAUUUCUGCUAGAAAGGUAUUGCCAAUGUCCAUCGCUAGGCAAGAUGUACCAAUAGUAAGACAUUCCGAAGAUGAAAAAGAUGCAGAUGGCAGUGAAGAUUCCACGCCCCCACUACCAGAAAGAACACCAGAGUCAUUUGUCCUAGCAAAUGAACAGAACACGUCUUUGCGCAUGCCAGUUACACUUGCACAAUCUGCUGAUUGGAAUAUACUGCAUGAUCCACAUCUCUCUGAACAAACAGUAUCUUCAGGCUUGAGACCAGCUGGGCAUGUAAAAUUUGAUCUUCCAGAAAUGGGCAACAAAACACCAACAGAUAUUAUACCUCAGAUUUCUCUUGCCAGUUCUACUGAUAUGAGAGGUCAAAUUUCAGAAAUUCCUGCAGAGAUAACAGAUAUUGGCUUUGGGAACCGUUGCAGAAAACCAAGAGGACCAAGAGAGCCACCUUCAGAAUGGACAUGAUGCAAGAACUAUAAUCCACAUCCUUUAAAUUAUACUGGAAUAUCAAAGUGCCACUGAGAACUAGAUAAAUAGCAUUCUAUUUCUUAUUCUGGGGGACUAACAGAGCAGUGUAGAUUUAAAUGCAGAAUGGUACACUUUUUACUGUACAUCCCACAUAAAACCUUAAACAUUUCUCAAAACAGUGGAUUCCAGUAUUACAACCUAACCUUGCUGGGGUCAUCUACCUGCCUUAUUACACUUAGGAAAAAGUAUUACAUAGGGUUUAUUUUGUAACUUCAAGUAUUAUUGCCUUAAUGUCUUUUAACCCUGUUACACGCUGCUUGUAGACAUAUGUUAAUAUAGUGAUACUCUUGACAAACUGAGUUCAUGGACUACUUUUUGCUAACAUUUAAUUACCAUGUAUGCAUUAUUUUGUAUAUGUAUAGGGCAAGUAGGUAAAUAAUUUGAUAAAGUUGCAAUCAUAAAAUAUUAACAGAAGAUGUAAGAAAUCUCUGCAUGAUCUAAAUUUUUGUGUACCUUAUUUGUAAAUUAUUUACCCUGAAGCUUUAGAAAAUAGCUUCUGAUUUAAAAAAAAAUAAAUAAAAAAAAAAAAAAUUCUGGACAUGUAGCCAGAAUUGCAGGUUAGCAGAGAUAAAGAUUGUAAUACAUUUUGUAAAUUGUAAGCAAAAGGUUAUUUUUAUAUUAUAUACUGUUUAAUUGUCAAACCUAAUUUGUUCUGGUUUUCAUCUAGUCAUGGAGAUUCAGUAAGUGCCUUGGAACAAUAUUGAAUUCUCUUAGCCUGUGUAUGUUACCUUCAGUGUUUGAGUUCAUCGGGGAUUAGAAGACUAUCAAAGUAUCUGUAUGUUUUUAGCAUAUUUGACCUACAAGUAAAAGAGAACUCGUUAUAAGUAACCAACACUCCUUAGUUUUCAUUUUACUAUUUCAUCACUUGCAGUCUUUAGACAUGAAUUUCCUACAGACUUUCUAUUUGAUAGUUGGUUUAUUGUUACAAUAUAAUAUGGUGUGUAUUUCUACUUUUGCAGACCUUUCAAGACGCACUGGAAAAGGGACUAUUUGAGAGCCUCUGUCUUCUGUUGUACUCGUGAAAAUAGUAUUUUGAUCAUUCAGCAAGUGUGUAUAUAUGAAAGAAACUUAUUAUAUGAUGAUUCUUACAGAGCCCCUGCAGCUACACUGUAUCUUGGCAAUAUACCAUGCCAAGGAUGAAUCCUUUUAAGGAUUCUCCCAUUAUGAACUUUGCCUCUGUAAUAAUGAUAGAAUCUUUAAAUUAAAGCAACUCAAAAGUUCAUUAUGGGUUCAAGGAAACUGUAUAUUCAUAAAUAGAGUAAACAGACUAGAAUAUGGGAUUAGGGUCAUGUUCAGGUUCUUUGUUUGGUAGAUCUUCAGUGAGCCUUACUCUAGAAAUUAAAAUAACCCUUAUGGAUACAGAUUUUUGUUCCUAUUAACAACAUUGUAUGUUCUACCUAGUUAUAAUGCAAAAAGUAAAGUUCAGCAUAGUGAUAAGGUAACAGAAGAAAACAGGUUUUUACAGUUUAUUUGAAAGUUGGUAACAGUACUUUUUGUUCCUGGACAUGUGUGCAUCUAGACUCAAGAUGGAAGGAUCAGGUAUAAUCCACAGUGAAGGGGACUGUAGGGCUCGUCUACAAAGAGAGGCUGAUGCGCCUACUAUUAACUAAGUGUCUUUGUGCAGGAUGGCUGUGGAGUGAACUGCCUUGCACUGGGCAUGCCUACACGAGAUGUUUACUACAAAGCUGACUAAUAGCUCUGCAGUAAACGUCUCGGCAUCUACAUAUGCCUGUUAGGGCACAGGAAACUAAUAAGCUCUGCUGCACGGUUUUUUCAUGUGUAUACGCUGACCUGGCUGGCUGGGACACAAGGGUGCUUCAGUGCCAGGGCUGCCUGCCAGUAAAGCACCCCUGUGUCCCAGCCAGCCUCUGCAGCACACUAAGAUCAGUCGGAGCAGCCCUGGGUCCUCUGGCAGCUGGGGUGGCUGCAGCCUGGCUCAACGUGCUAUGGUCCAAGCACACAUGUAAAUGGUGUGCCUGGGAGCUUCCUGGGAGUGAAAAAAACUCUGGAGCAAUAAGCUCCAACAUUUAUUGGUGAGCAUUUAAUGGCACAUAUAGAUGUGCCCACUUAGUACUUACGAAUAGUCACCUUCAGUUUCUUCCUGAUAGUCUAAGUCAUGGUUUGGCAACCUAUGGCCCACAGAGCCAUUUGAUCUGGCCUGGGACUUCAGCGGCAGUCACUCUACAAAUGCUUGGAGGAAAAGUGCUGACUACAGCCACUCUCCUGAUGUUGCCAUGGAGGGGAAAGCACUGAUGGUGUCUGGGUCCUUUUGCCCACCAAUCUGCUUCUGCUGCAGACUGGGUCAGUCCAGCCCACAGCCUUUAUAGGUUGCCGAUCACUGAUCUGUGCAUGUUUUUGGUCAUGCAUGUAGAAUUUUUGGUGUUUACAGGUAGGAAUUCUGUUCCUGGUUGCAUUCUGUUCUAGCACGUACUUGACUGUGACCACGUGGUGGUAGAGGGCCUUUCUGCCUUCCCCCUGGGAAGCUGGAGACCUGGGUUCUAGGCUCGCCUUGACAAGAGGUGUUUGAACUUGGGUCUCCCUGACUUCCCAGCACAGUGCUAACUGUCAUGUCACAGGUCAGGUAAUAUCCAGCACCUUCUCAGGCACUCCCUCUUGAAGCUGAGUCUGUCUCUUGUAUUUCAUAGGCACUGGAAAAAAUGAGUGGAGUGCACUGAAGUUUCCACUUCAUUAAGAACAAGGCUCAAGGCUAAAACCUAGUCCCCCACUCUUGGAGUUCAAUGGCCACCUCACUGAGCUUCAUACCCAGGGACUUGCUUUCUUUCUCCUCUCUUGUAUCUCCCUCUUGUGGCUUCCGAGCUUCAAAAGGAGUGCCAAAAGAAGGCAUUCCUCCUCACCUCCAUACUCGCUAAUCAUGUGUUUCAGCCUACAUUUUUGGGCCUUAAAUGUCAUUACGCGUCCAUAAGGGGCAGAUGUGUGCAUGUAGACAUGCAUACAUGGCCAGUGCAUAGUCUGUGACACAUGCCCAUAGUCAUUAAUUCACACAGGCGUACACAGCCAGGAAUAGAAUUCCUACCCACACAAGUGCCAAAAAUGUCAUGUAGGUGAAGACAUGGUAACAGAAUUGGGUUAGCUGGUGGUGUCUGAGUGCCUGGCCAGCAACUCAUUCUGGAAUCUGCAGGAAAAAGCGAGGCUGCCCCUAAGUGUGCACCAGUGCAGAUUGACUUAGGCUGUUUCCAUUUUAGACCUGUUUCUGGCUCACUUUGGGCACACACAACAGCAGAGUGGUUUAGCAGCCUGCCCAUUACCAAUGGACAGUCCAGUUGGUGGCAUUUGUUAGAAACUGUUGCUAAAGACGAGAGGCAUUCCAAAUGAGUAACUUAAUUGCAUCUUACAAGUAAGCAUCAAUAGUAACCCCUUUUCAGUUAAAGUACUUUGCAGUGUAUAGGUUGUAAAUCUUCAAGGGUUUUUUUUUUAUAGUCUCUAGAGCAACAUUUCAUUUCACUUAGUACUGGAUGGCAACAUUUUUUAUCUACUGUCUUCCAAAGUGUCUGAUAGUUUAAGUUGUAAUACAUUCAAGAUGCUUCAUAAUUCUAAAAGAAGCAGUGUCUUUUUUUUCUAGAUUGGCGUUGGCCAUAGGAAAGCUGAGAGCUUUCUACAUUUUAGCAGUAAUUUGAGAUGUUACUAAGAUGCUGAACUGUGAAAUUGAAAAAGUCUUGUUUGUAUUUACCUUUGCACUCUUAUUGUCAAAAAUUCUUUAAUUUGCACUCACAAUUGUCUGCUGUAUUUAUUGGAGUUUUUAUACUUUUUCAUUUUCUGUAAUCACUCAAGUAAACUGUCAGUUAAAUGCAAGGCAAAACCUGCCAGUGGCAUUACUUUCUGUGACCUGGGUCCUCUGUGGUGCAAGAUGCCUAUGCAGGAUUGAGCCCUGCAUCCUGUAAUAGAAGUUCUGUAUUUGUGAUAUUUUUGAAAUGUUGUUCUUAUGUUGUUAACAAACCUAAGAACUCUUUCCUAUUACAGCACCAGUAAAACCGGUAUUGUUGCUUGUUUAGAAAAUGUCAUCACUCUAAUGCAGAGGAAAAAAAGAGCGAGUAGAGGAACACUAUUCCGACACAUUCUAAAAAUAAAAAAGUUUAGAUCCCUUGAACUUGCUGAAACAGAA